UCCCACACUUUGACACUACGCACUUUAACAAGAAUACCCCCCUACGAACUAUUCUCCUGUUAAGUUAGACAUUAUUAAGCGGCAAUUUAGUUUGCUUCGGGCCGAGGUGGACCUUUGGCCUGUUGAUCCACCGCUGAACGCCACCACGCCGGGCGUCGCUACCUGACCUCCCCUGGUUAAAUGAUUGACUUGCACUAAUGGCUAGGCGCACUCUCGGACUUUUAAACCAAUCCGAACCCACUUCAACGGCGAACGAUGAUUAUACCCCUCUUUAGGGAAAGGCAGCACUAAACGAGUAUUUAGUCAUCACCUGGUCCGGCCAUUAAUGCUGUCAUGAACACAAAUUUCUUCUUCGUACCAGGUUCGUCUUAUGCCUGAUUUAUACCCGUCCGCAAACGCUACUAUGGAGGCAGCAAACCUUACUAACUAUGUGCCCGACACUCGGGAUGAAAUCUCUCUCCUUGGUAGAAUGGACUUUUGGACGACGCUAGGCGUCGGCGUUGGCGUUCUCCUCCUCAGCAUCGUCACUACUGUAUUAACCCAACUGCGCAGGCCCUCUCGGAAGCUGCCCCUGGUCAACAAAGCGCCGCCGUUGGACUUCUUCGGCAGUACACCGGCUCAGAAAUUCACCUUCAACGCCCGGAGGCUCUUUGAGGAGGGGAGGAAGAAGUUUCCCACCCAGCCGUACCGGAUGAUGACAGACGUAGGCGAGAUCAUCAUCCUCCCCAACGAGUUUGCCCACGACAUCCGUAACGAACGGGCGCUCAACAUGCCUCAGGCACUCGCACUCAACUUCCAGUCCCAACUGUCAGGCUUUGAGGGAAUCGCCAUAGCAACUAGGCCUGACGAGCUCUUCCAGCGCGUCAUCUCGAAGCAUGUUACAAAGCUACUAAACUCAGUAACCCAGCCUCUGUCCGCUGAGGCAGCGUUCGCUUGCGACCGGAUUUUUGGUUCAUCAACUGAAUGGCAAGAGCAUAAAAUCUAUGAUAGUGCCCUUGACCUCAUAGCCCGUAUGUCCUCUCGCGUCUUCCUCGGGGGGAACCUGUGCCGCAAUGAAGAGUGGCUUAGUAUCACAAAGACACACGUUCUCAAUGCAUUUUCCACUGGCCAGAUGCUGCGUAAGUACCCUUAUUGCGCCCGCUUUGUGGUGCAGUGGUUCCACCCAAGGUGCAGGGCUUUGCGCAAGCAGGUGUCUAGGACAAAAAGCAUUGUUGAGCCCGAAAUCCAGCGGCGAAGGAGACUACGCGAACAAGCCCGGCAAGAGGGGAAGCCAGAGCCGAGAUUUCCUGACGCCAUUGACUGGUUUGAGGAAGAGAGUAAGGGCCAGGAGUAUUGUGUGGCUGGCGCGCAGCUAGGUCUAUCCCUUGUGGCAAUCCACACCAGUACGGACCUGCUUGUUGAGACUAUGUUGUACCUUGCUAAAGACCCAAGCCUUAUCAAUGCUCUGCGGAAGGAGAUUAUUGAAGUCUUGAGUGCUGAUGGCUGGAAGAAGACGGCGCUGUUCAAUAUGAAGCUCAUGGACAGCGUCCUAAAGGAAGCUCAACGGCUCAAGCCUACUACUAUUGCUAUUAUGAACCGUGUGGCUACCCGCCCUGUGACCCUCCCCAACGGUCUCCAGCUCCAGAAGGGGGAGACCACUACGUGCGACAUCGGGAUGAUGUACGACCCAGCCAUCUACCCGGACCCAAAGACUUUUGACCCGUACCGCUUCCUUAGAAUGCGCGAAGACGCCGCCGCCGGGGGGGUCAACAACCCUGCCGCCAACCUCGUCACCACUUCGCCUACGCAUCUGGGCUUCGGCCACGGCUACUACGCGUGCCCAGGCCGCUUCUUCGCCAGCAAUGAGCUCAAGGUCGCGCUAGUGCAUCUGCUGAUGAAGUACGACUGGAAGCUUACGCCAGGGUACAAGCGCCGCUGGGUCGAGGUGGCCUUGGCGUGGGGUACGGACGACUCGGCCAGGCUGCUGAUGAAGACGAGGGAGGCGCCCGAGAUCGAUGUUGACUUUAUACAAUGAUGGGUGUUUGCUGAAGUUUGAGUCAAAAAGAUCAUGUGUGCGGCAUUCAUCUAUUUUUGUUUGCUUUAUUUGAUGAAGGAGGGGGAGGCAGAAGAGAAAAGGGCAAAGUGGUAAAAGAAUUUAUUGGCUAGCAACUUAGCUCAAGUAUGAUGUAUGUAUACGCUACAAACGUUCUGUUAGGAACAGGUGAUUUUUCUAUCUGUGAACAAGGCAACAUAUCUUAUCUGUGUUUGACCUACGCUAUUGUUCUUCUUUGUCUAGGGGAGUUACUUGUUCGUUUUGUGUCUUUAUUCAUAGAAAUGCUGUGGGGAG